AUUGAAGACAGAAUGUCAUUUUUGACAGAAAAGAGGAAGCUAGAAGUCCUAAUCAAGAACGGGGCUUCCAAAAUGCUGGAUCAAUGUGAUUCUUCGAAGGACAGAAAGACUUAUUUGAACGCAGUUGCUAUUUACGAUUCUUCCCAGCUUAAAAUUGACGUGAUUGAUAUGAAAAUUCAGCUUAUUAAGAAUGGAAAAAGAAAUGAUAAAGACAGAUUUAUGAUUUUGGAACAUCAUUUCAAGUUAGAGACAGCUCUGCUGACUGGGACCAACAAUAUGCUGAUGGCUAGCAACGAUAGACAGAGAUCCAAGCAAGUACAACUGCUGUAUUCACAAUAGUUGAGGGAGAAUGUACAGAUUCAUCAACGGAAAAUAUAUUUGCUCGAUUUAUCCAUUAAUCGGCUCUCUAAAAAAAUGGAAAUAUCAUCAAACUCUAAUUCUUCUUACGUCAAACCAGUUCCAAUAACA